AUGACCAACUGCACAGAUGAAGAUCUGGACAACUAUUUGCUAAAUCAGGUGGAUCUCAGACAUCGGCAGGUUUCAAAGUGUGUCGAAGAUGUGCAGAAAAUCAUUAAAGAUCUUACAACGGAGGUCAGCUCAAAAGACGCUCGCUUCCAGUCCAUUGCAAACGCUGGAGUUCAUAACACCAGCCUCAAAGACCAGCCAGCUUUAGUGUCAAAAUGGUCUGCAUUACUCAGAGGGAGAUGUGCAUACAACCCUGCCAUACAAGUCCUCUCUCCAACUCUGUACCUGAUCUCAGUGCCUCUGCAGGGCCUGAUGGGCUAUAAAGAGAGACGGACACGCCAGUGGCGUUAUUACACACUGAGUGGCUCUCGUCUGCUCUCACCCGUCCGUGAGCCGGAGAAGCUCCACCAAUGGCUUGAGCUGGAGAGCUUCGUCAACCCGAGUCAGGAGUGGCACGAUGCCCGCAUGACCAUCGAAGGUGAUAUUGUGCCAGCCAAGGUGGUGAACGUCUUCAAAGAGCUUCUGGAGACGUCCAUAAAGACCCGCGGACUGACAAAUAAGGUGAGUGUGCUGGAGUCAGUUGGGACAGCGGUGCGAGUUGCAGUGGAAACAUCAGAGGCUCAGAUAGAAGUCAAACUGGUUCCUACUGUGGAGCUGAUGAACUACUGGCCAAAGAGAGCUCGAUGGCCCCGGCUCUUCCGCAGAUGGCCCUCCGCAGAGCGAGCUCGUUGUAUUAAGUCAUUUGGAUUCAAUCUUAUGGCCACUUCAAACUACCACUGGCUGCUGUCAUUCUCGCGUGCAGAGCAGGUGCUCUUGAGUAAUAUAGAUGAGGAUGGCGGCUGCCGCAGGAAGUGUUAUCGUGUGGUCAGACAGCUGAAGGAGGACGUCUGGUGUCCAGGAAGCAAACCUGUCGUCACUGCCUACCACCUACAGACGCUUCUCUUCUGGACAUGUGAGAAAUACCCCUGCACCAGGGACUGGAAGGACUUCAGUGGAUGUGUAUUACGGCUGGUGCAGAAACUCCACAAGUGUGUUAGUCAGCAUUAUCUCCGGCAUUACUUCAUACGUUCCCACAACCUCCUGAAAUACAGCAAUACUAAUGAGCUGGAUGAAGUGGCAAAGAAGAUUAAUAAUUUCCUGGAAAACCCAGGUACUUACAUUCAUUAGAAGUUUUCUCUGUGAGUUAGAUUGCAUAGAUCUGUGUUAGCUGUGCUUGGACUGCAUCAUAUUGAUGAUAUUUUUUCCUUCUUUUCUCCCAUCGCAUCCUGACAUUUUCACCAGAAUUGUGAUAGUAGGUCGACACUGUGAAUGAAUGACAUUAAAAACGUUGAGUU